GGUGCAUUAGACGGUACAUACAUCAAUGUUAUGGUGCCGAAUAUUGAUAAACCGCGGUAUCGAACGAGGAAGGGAUAAAUUUCAACAAAUACACUUGCAGUUUGUGACAAAAAUAUGAAGUUUGUGUACGUUUUGCCGGGAUGGGAGGGAUCAGCGGCGGAUGCUAGAAUCUUGCGCGAUGCGUUGAACAGACCUAAUGGAUUCAAGGUACCCAGGGGCUUAUACUAUCUCGUGGAUAAUGGAUAUGUCAAUUCUGAGGGGUUUCUCGCUCCCUACAAAGGGGUUCGGUAUCAUCUUAAAGAAUGGGGACCGAUGGCUGCACGCCCACAAAAUGCUGAAGAAUUGUUCAAUAUGCGCCAUACGAAGGCUCGAAACGUCAUUGAACGUGCCUUUGGUGUUAUGAAGAUGCGAUGGGGGAUUUUGAGGAGCACUACGUUUUAUCCCGUGAAGGUUCAGAAUCGCCUUAUUAUGGCUUGUUUUUUAUUGAAUAAUUUCAUUAGAACGGAGAUGGACGUGGAUCAUCUCGUGCAAGCAUUCGAUAACUUACCACAAGAUAAUGAGUUCAAUGAACCGGAACAUGGAGAUUAUGUGGAUGCAGUUAAGCCGUCUCGUGAGUGGGUUGCGAAUCGUGAUGCCAUUGCCCAAACGAUGUGGCAACAGUAUGUUGCAAUGCAUUGAAGUAAUUAGGAUCUAUAAUAUUGUGUAAUUCAUUCGUGGAUCUGAAUUAUGAAUAGUUUGUUUGUGACAUUUUCUGCCCGCCAUUUUUGAUAUAUGCAAAAACUUGGUAGUUUGUCGA